AGGCGGUUUCCCUUUCGCCCCAUCGUCCAGUAGAACAAGAAUAGCUAUGGGACAGGCUUUUUCUAGAGUCAAAAUGGCUGAUCCUGACCUCGAGAAUAGCAACAAUAACAAUGUCGAUAUCAAUAAGCACUCCUCAACCUUUUAUGGUAUAUCUUUCGGGUGCAACGUACAUAAGCGAAGAGCUCAGCCAAGAGCCUCAGCAUCACAAGCACUGGUACACCGCAUCGAGAUGGAAAGAUUCUACCUCGAACGCUUCACGAUAAACUUGUCACCGUCCGACAGAGAUAAAAGCCUCCUCGCGCUGUAUUCCAGAUGGGUACUCCAGACCCUUUCAGCACUGCACUAUAUCCACACCCAUUCAGUAUUUCUUUCUAAUUUUGGAGCUAAUUCCAUCUGGCUACGAGCCGAUAUGUCUAUUGCCGUAACUGUGUUUAUAGCUACAGUCAUCCCCACGCCAAUUCCCGGAUAUGACGACCUUGGUGUUGAAACUAACAACUAUGAAUACGUUCUCCAGACGCCAGAGAACGCCUACCGCUCCGGAUCUCUAGAGUUACUUGAGCAUGGUCAGCCUGCGUUCGGCGCGGCGUAUGAUCUAUUUGACUGGGCCACAUUUAUGUGCCGGCUCUUGACCAACGAUUAUUCAACCUGCCCUCUGCCGCGACCCGGCGGCUAUCAUACAUCGCCUCUCAUGACAAUGGACCCAGCGUCCUGGAAGGAUUUUAGCAAUGAUAGAAGGCCGUGGAAAUACGAAGAGAAAAGGCAAAAGGAGGGCGCGUGGCACGUACUUGAGGAACAGAGACUCGGAUAUAGACUUGUGAAGCGUGGAAUCGAUAAACGGGCGAUGAAGAGUUCGAUCAAGAGCUUCGCCAUGGCAAUGCUUUAG